GUAUUGUAUAAAUUGUAUAUACAUGCAGCAAUUAAUAAAUAUGUUACAUUCAUGUGUGUGUGGCUUGCAUCGUUGCCUACCUUGCGUGCUUAGUCCUAUCCUAGGUAGGGUAGGUAUCCUAUCCGACCUCCGGGCUCGUUUUUCUCUGUCGGAGCCGGGGUUUUUUAUGGUGUACUUUAACUCUCUGCCCUUUCUUUCUUUCUCCCCCUUUCCUUCAUUCCUUCUCGUCUCAACCUUCUCUGUGCGCCUUGGUUCGUUCGUUUAGGUAACCCUACCUACGUAAACUGGUUAAAGUUUCCCAUUGCUCGGCUCCGGGUUGAAGUAAAAGAUACGAUUAAAUACCUACCUACCUACCUGGCAAGCCACUUGAUUUCCGUGGUUCGGAUAAGUAAAAAAAAGUAAAAAAAGUAAAA